UAAAAACAAAAAAUUGUAAAAUAAAAAUUUAUAAAAAUGAACAAAAAUAUUUCUUCUUUCUAAUCUAAAACUGCUGCUUCUAGUUAAAGAGGUUCUAAAUCUUUUAUCCCAGUAAUCAAUCCUGAUUCCAAAAUUAUCGUCAGAGAAUUUGCUAAUCGCAAAAAUAUCAUGGAAAAUUUCGAAGAGAAUAAAAGAUAUUAAACUAAUGUAGAUGUAUACCAAAAACCAUUUUUCUCUAUAGACUCGCAAAACUCUAGCAGAAUUUUAUAAGGCUAAGCUAGUCAGAUAAGAGCUAGGUCAGCUACUGUAAAUGAAAUAUCGAAUCUAUCAGCUAAUAAUUCAUAAAUCUUUUAGAAACCUAAGAGUGCUUGUUUGUUCAUACUUAAAAGAUCUAGUUCAAGAAAAAGGUAUUAAAGUAUUUCAAGCAAAUAAGAAAGACAAAGCUAAACAAAGACCAGCCUCAAGACUAGCUCCUAUGAAUAAGAGAACAUUCUGAAAAAUGUUUACCAAAAAAAGGAAAAGGGAUGGGACUAUUAUAAAGAUUAGCUAUAAAAAGACGUUGUCAGAUCUGAAUCUGCUCAAGCAGAGAGAGUGAGUCACUUAACAACAACUCCUCUUGUAUAUCAUAAAAAUUAUUUUGAACGUAAAAGAGAGAUCGAAUAAAACUUAAAUUGCAAGGAAUUCGGACUUAACGUUCAAAAUUAUUCCGUUUUAGAUAAGAGAACUAAAAGUUUUUUCCACAACUAAUGCAAAGAGGAGGCCCUUUAGUAUCAUGAUGAGGUGAAAGAGAAAGAAAAAAAGAUAAAUCAAGAAAUAAAUGACAUUAUUCGUCUUUCCAUAUAAAAUGCUAGAACUAAACUCUCAUAUAAAUAUUCAAUAUCCAAACACCUCGAAUAAAAUCGCUUGGCAAAGGCUUAGUUGAUAUUUUGA